CUUCCACUUUGAACCCCCGGAACCAACAACAACACUCUUUAAACGUGCCCAGCUCGCUCCCGUCCCACUCCGUCGGCCCCAUCACCAACCCUUUUCGCAUCCGCAACACGUCAGCGACCCGGUCGACCAGUAACACAGAAUCUCCCCUAUACCGCGCAAUGUCCUCCCUAAAGUGCACUCACAAAGGCUGUGAGAAGACCUUCACCGAUCCCGAGGAGACUUGCUAUUACCACCCCGGAGCUCCAAUUUUCCACGAGGGGCAGAAAGGCUGGCAGUGUUGCAAGCCCCGCGUUCUCAGUUUCGAAGAGUUCCUCAUUAUCCCGCCUUGCACCUCUGGUAAACACAGCACCACGGCGCCGACCCUCGCGCCCGCACAGACCUCUGGCCCCGGUAGCGGCAGCCAGAAACACCCCGAAGUCGCGGCACCCACAUUGAGCUCGGACGGUACCGAAUCCUACGGCAGCCCGGCAUCGAAACCCCUUCCCGUUGUCUCCGGGACCCCCCCUCCACCGAAAGUCGAGAAGCCGCUAGAGCAGGACCCGACCGAUGCGACCAUCCCCGCCGGUGCCAGGUGCAAGCGUCUCGCUUGCUCUGCCACCUACCCGGGCGGCCCCCGCAACAUCAACACGGAGAAGUGCGUGUUCCACCCGGGUGCGCCGAUCUUCCACGAGGGAUCGAAGGGCUACAGCUGCUGCAAGCGACGCGUGUUGGAGUUCGACGAGUUCCUCAAAAUUGGUGGUUGCUCGAAGAACAGGCACCUGUACGUGGGUGAGCCGAAGAGUGAGGAGGAACAGCAGCACAUCGACUGUCGCAACGACUUUUACCAGACCUAUGGUAACGUCAUCGUCUCGAUUUUUGCAAAGAAGGUGGAUAAGGAGAAAGCUGUCAUCCAGUUUUCUGAGCGCGAGCUGAGCGUGGAUCUGCCCAUGCCCGAGAACAAGAGGUUCAAGGUUAUGUAUCCACUGUAUGGGCCGAUUGAUCCCAAUGGCUCGACAUUCAAGGUGAUGGGUACAAAGGUGGAGCUGAAUCUCAAGAAAGCCAACGGUAUUAGUUGGCCCACGCUCAGAAGCGAUGAGGCGACUAACGAGAUCAUCCAAAUCGGAAAACCUGCGACCGCUUAAGCCCGUCUUCCAUCUAUCUCCUGGUUUCGAGCGGUUUUUUACCGGAUGUCACUGGCACAUAGUAGAGGGAUUUGUUUUGACGGGAUUGUUUGCUUCUUUCGAUGGUUGGGUUUAGGUUUCCCAUACACUGCUGGCGUUAGAGAGCGUUCGAAUAAAGCCUUUGUGUUUCCUUUUCAAAAUUGUUGUCUUUUGGACGAGUGGUACUUAACACGGAAGACGAAGCUGCCACUAGAUGAACCGGUUAUUGAAUCCUAC